UAUCUCUCUCUCCCCCUCUCGCUGUUGGCUUUCUCAGCUUUGGUGAGGAUGAUGGUGGGCGCAGGAGGAGAAGAGCCGCAACAGUUGAUUAAUCUUGCAGAUUGGCAACCGAGCAGAUCAGAAGCGAAGGAAAAGUUGAAGAAGGCGUAGGUUUCUUUGCCGAGUGAUUGUACCAUUUCUUCUAGACAAGGCCUUUGAGGAGAACUUGCGAUAACGCAAGAGAGGCAAGACAGCCAUGAAAGAAUAUCAACAACUUAAACAUGACGAGAAGAAGAAGAAGACCAAGAAAUCAAUUCUUUAAGGAAAAAGGCAUUGGAGCAGCGGCUUGAGAAGAUGAUCGAAGAGAACGAGAGGCUACGGCAGAUGAUCGGAGAGAUGUGGCAGAGCUGUUGUGUUCUUCGGGCUCAACUUGCUUCACUUGUCAGCAGCACCAGUUCAUCAAUGGAAGAGAACAAAAUGGAGGCGUCGAGGAGCAAGGGAGGGGGAUAUCAUGCAGUCGGCAGUUCUACUAUCAUAGGAAACCAGAGCUACUCGUUCAAGAAUCCCAUGGAUGGCCUUUCCGGUCGAUUGACGGCCGGUGCCGGCGGCAUCUACGAAGUCUAUGUCAAGACCGACCCAUCUGAUGCCAGCUUGAUUGUGAAUGAUGGAUACCAAUGGAGAAAAUAUGGGCAGAAAGUGAUAAGAGACAACCCAUUCCCUAGGGGCUACUUUAGGUGCGCCUCCGCACCAGGUUGCCCUGUCAGGAAGAAGGUACAACGAAGUGCAGAGGACAGUUCCAUCUUGGUAGCCACCUACGAGGGGCAGCACGACCACACCCGGCCGUUGCCGAACGGGCGAUGCCCAGCCACGGCCGGAUCACGUACUGAUGGCUUCCUACCUUCCUCCGAUGGCUUGAAGACAUCAUCACCCACCGUCACACUCCAUUUGCCUCAUGCACAGCAUCAAGUGAAUGAGACGACGACCCUUGGUGGCAGCAGUGCUGAUCUGCAGAAGGUGUUGGCGGAAAUCGUGGAAUCAUCGCUGGCAACGGACCCGAGAUUCUUGACGGCGUUAGCUUCUGCUGUUUCCUCCAAAUUCUCCUGGCGUUCUUCGUAUUGAAGGCCACCAAAAUUAAUUAAUGAGCUGACAUUGGCAGUUCAACAGAUGAGUGUUCAGGCUGACGUAGAAAAACAGCCAUUUGUUUUAUGGAAGUGUUCCGUAGGGGACAGUUGGCAAUAGGAAUAGCAUGUCACUGUUUCAUGAAAACAAUGUGUUACAGUGCACUAUCAAUCUGUCUCAUUAAUUUGAGCUAGAUACAUGAAUCAUUAAGGUAC